AUGUCGAAUCUGAAGAUGCCCAGCGCCCCUAAUAGCGGGCUGUUUAAACAGGGCUAUCAGACAUAUCAGGCAGAAGAUGGUGCUGUGAAUAGGAAUAUUGCUGCUGUUAGAGAGAUUUCUUCUAUGGUUAGAACGUCGGUGGGUCCUUGUGGACGUAAUAAGAUUGUUGUGAACCAUUUGCAAAAGAUCUUUUUGACCAGUGACGCAGCCACCAUUUUGCGGGAACUGGAGAUUGUUCAUCCAGCAGCCAAGCUCGUGGUUAUGGCCAGUCAGCAACAAGAAACUGAAAUGGGUGAUGCGUCGAAUUUAGUAUUGAUUCUCGCUGGUGAACUGCUGUCAUUGGCAGAGGGUCUGCUCAGAUUGGGUUUAAACCCAUCAGAGAUCUCUCAGGGCUAUGAAAUGGCUAAGAAUUUCGCCGUGGAUACUCUGGAAAAGGGUACUUUAUUCAAGAACCUCGCUAAUAACCAGAUCACAGACUUGACUGACGUCGACCAAUUGCGUAAAGCUGUAUCUACCGCCAUUGGAUCGAAACAAUACGGAAGUGAACAGUUUUUGUCGGGAUUAGUGGCCGAGGCUGUUUCGUAUGUCAUGCCCAAGAACCCUCGUUAUUUCAAUGUUGAUAACGUGCGAGUGGUGAAAAUCAUGGGUUCCAGUUUAGAAGCCAGUGCUGUUGUUCGUGGUAUGGUAUUUGCUCGUGAACCUGAAGGAAGUAUUAAAAAAGUCGGUACCAAGUCUAAGGUGGGUGUUUUCUCAUGUCCAAUUGAUAUUUCGACUACUGAGACUAAGGGUACAGUGCUUCUUCAUAAUGCCAAAGAGAUGCUGGAGUUUUCCAAGGGAGAAGAGGCUCAAUUGGAAUCGAUUGUUAAAGAACUUGCUGACUCGGGACUACGAGUGGUUAUUGCCGGAGCCGGUGUCGGCGAGUUGGCUCUUCAUUAUUUGAACAGAUAUGGCAUUCUUGUUUUCAAAGUCGGCAGUAAAUUCGAUCUUCGUAGACUGUGUAGAGUGGUAGGAGCCACUCCUUUGCCACGACUGGGUGCUCCUAUGCCCGAGGAGAUGGGUGUCAUUGAUGUUGUUGAGACUAUUGAGAUUGGUGGUGACCGAGUGACGGUGUUCCGUCAAGACCAUGAACAAACUCGUACUUCGACUAUUGUUGUUCGUGGAGCUACUCAGAACUCACUCGACGAUAUCGAGCGUGCUAUUGACGAUGGUGUUAAUGUUGUCAAGGCUCUUACUAAAGAUACCCAUUUGCUUCCUGGAGCAGGAGCCACUGAAAUCGCCCUUGCUACUCAAAUUGUCGCUUUUGGAGAACGUACACCCGGACUUCUCCAACACGCUAUUAAGAAAUACGGCGAAGCUUUCGAGGUGAUUCCUCGUACACUUGCCGAGAACGCUGGUCUCGACGCUACCGACCUUGUUUCCAAACUCUACGCAGCACAUGCCGGUACCGAGUCGACCAUCGGAGUCGAUGUCGAUGACAACGAUGGCACCGGACUGCUGGAUGCCGCACAAAACGGCAUUUUUGACCUCCUGGCCGCCAAAAAGUCUGCCAUCCAACUGGCCACCGAUGCCGCUACUACCGUGCUCUCGGUCGACCAAAUCAUUAUGGCCAAACGAGCCGGCGGCCCCGUCAUGCCCAAACAACAGUCCACUGGUAACUGGGACCAGGACGACUAA